UGCUCGAAGCCGAUGCAAUUGCAAUCUUAACCAUGUUGACUUAUAAGAUUGAAACUUUCUUAAAUACUACUGCUUUGGACUUAACUAUUGUCUGGAAGUUGCUGGACUUGCUAGGAGGUAUGUAUCAAGAGGUAGUCCAAACUCUUGCCUAAGAGCCGCCAUCUUAUACCGUUUUUCUACGCUUAACAAUCUGAUCUUGAAUACGAUGUAUUGGUAAUACGGCUUGAUUUUAUUUUUCGCAUCAUCCUUCACUCACGUAACUCUCGGGAUCGGUUAGAAGUUGAACGUCCGAGCCUUCGGUCAUCAAGCGGUUACGUGAUCGGAUGGAAUUGUGCCGCGCCAAGCCGUCAACAUGAUCCCCUUUCCAACGGAAACAAGAGGUAAAACUUGAUCUGAACAACUCGCUGAACGGCUUGGGGUCUUUAACUCUGCGAUCACAUAACCGUCGAUGCAUCGAACUUAGAUUCAUGCAUAUGGUUCGAGAUGGUAAUAGCUUCCGCUUCCAAUCCGGUUAAGCCGGUUAGAGAUGUUGAAGAUUCUCUCCGCCGCCGACGUGAACGAGGUCGACGUUCCCAAGCUAACUUCAGAAAACGUCAAGCUGAGGCCAACGAACAUAUGCAAGAUCAAAGUCACCGGCUUAAGAGCGCGAUUGAGAAAUUGCUUAGCGUUACACGUGGAGAUGAGCACCCAGAGCUGCUCAAUAGGAUAUUCGACGUGGCGAAAGCUGCGGGUAUCGAUGCUAAAAGGCCGAUACAGAAUACUGAUCUCCAGUCUGGAUCCAGGGAUGUGAACGGAAAUAAUCCUUUCCCUGUGCCCACCACCGAAGACGGUGAGGAAGACAUAAUCAUAAAUGCGAAGUCAAGAGACCUUGUCAGAAUAGAGAGCGAUCAGGAAGAUUCAUGGUUCAGUUCGAGCUCUAUAUCAUCCAUGUCUUCUACUCAAAGACUUACAUGCGGGAUAUGGUUGGAUCAUCAGCAUUAUAUGCGAAUUUCUGUCCCGCCCGAUGACAUUAUACCAUACAUCGGUUCAGGGUCCCAGACGUUUGCUGGGGAUCUGUUUUGGUCCGUAAUGGAUCACGCUCAGAAGAAAUGUACGCGCAGUCACCCAGGCACAACUAAUCUUAUCCAGAAAGCGCUUAGCCACUCAAAGGCAACGGAGAAUUGGACUAUCACGUACAUCUACGCGAUGAUCGAGGCGAGACAAGAGUACAGGCACACGGGAUCGAUAAGUGCUCGAUAUGCAUCGGCGGCAGAACCGGAUUUAUCAAGCAUAGCGCGUAAUCGAAUCGAGGCGGAUUAUCGUUCUCGGGGAAUAGACCCGAGGCGAUGGUUGUCUGCGGCAGAUAUAGAGAGACGCGUCAAGACGAUGAUAGGAAGUGAAUCAUUUGCGAUUUUAGAGGCUGCUGCAAAGGGAGAAGGCGAUCCGUGUUUACAAGAGUCGCUCGCGGUCACGAAGUGCAUGCUUGCUGAAAACUGUAUAUGCUUUGGGGAUGGACCUAGAUGGGAUGUUGAUGCUGUUGACGCGCUGUUUUUUAACUUGGAUGUAAGAUGAAGUAUCUUAGGCUGUCUUGCAAGUUACAAGUUGUAAAUGAGCUUUUGUAGGAUAAUGAUUUAAGAACUGCUACCUAUCUAGAGGUAAACUGUACAGUCGCCAUAAGUGUUUUAUGCAAGAUGAUAUCAUCGCGUACCUAAUCAAUUGUAUUAGAAGC